GCUGAGCCGCCCAUUGGCACCGUACGCAUUGUCAACUGCGCAAACCGAAACUACAGUCACCACGGCAGGACGCUGAUAAGCACUACAGGAUGUCUGCAGAACAGGAUUGACGGUGGUUGGUUGCAACUACAUAAAUUCAUUCAGGACUUCAAGGAAGAGGCGACUGAAGCGUCCUUCCAAUGCGCUUUGUACCGUAAGAUAGUUUUCUCCACAACGGUAUCGGAAAGAUCUCAUCUCAUUUCACCGAACGGCGGACCUAAUUUCUCACCUCUUUUGGUGGAGGUUGCUCCCCCUUCAUCCGACCAUGACGGAUUGCAGGCCGUUUCAUCAUUUGUCAAGAUUGAUCCGCUGGAGCGCCUGAAGUUCUUUAUAAAGGAAAACAAUUUUGAACAGGCCAAACGUUUUUCGCAAGCCUUCGGUCUUGACGCCAAGUUUGUCAGGUCAGCAGAGUUGCUCUACUGCCUGGAAUCUCUGGCCGAUGCUGCAGACACAUUAAAGGAGGACGAGGAAGUCGCCACUGAACUUGUUUCUUUGAAAGAAACUACCCAAAAGGCCAUAAGGCUGCUCUCAGAGCCGGUGGACUGUUCCUCCGAAAUGGCUAAUUUAGCCGUGCGUGGUGUUAUCCCGGCGCUCAAAAGUCACAGCGACCUACUUUUGUCCAUGUGGAAGAAGGUAACCUAUAACUUCCUUGAAUUAUUCCGUCAAAACUGA